AUGUGGGCUUACACAUCGUCUUGUAUGUGGUUUCUAUUCACGGUGGCCCUGAUACUCCCCGUGGUUUCUCCGUCGUCGUCGUCGACAAUGAGCUUUUUCUUCACUACUACUGUUUUCCAUUUGGAGAGAACGUGGCCGACGAGGCCGACAACGAUGAUGACGCCGAAAAGCAUGACCUUGCCGAGGAGGCUCAAGAGGACCUUCAUGCGACCCUUGUUGUGGCUGUCGUAG